UUUCUUUUUCAUCAGAAAGAGGAAGCACAAACAUUGCACCCUCAUGCUGAAACCACACGAGCAACUUCUCCAUAUAUUUAACAUAACUAAGUGAGCAGCAAACAUCUUCUGUUCAAACAGCAUUCCUGUUCAGAGAUGGCUCAGAUGAAGAAGGAGAACCUCUUGUUUCAUGCCACGCUGCUGCUGUCGCUGAUCCUGACUUCAGCUCUGACAACUCUGGAUUCAGAAGCAGAGCUGCAGAGGUGCAGCUUUGGUACACCCCCACCACGCCACGGCCUCAAGCUUCUGGUGUGGUACGUCCAGAACUGCCUGGACAACAACAUGAGGGCUCUGUGCCAUCCCACAAAAGGAGAAUAUGGAUUUCACUUUUUUCAGAACCGAGGGCCCGACCACUUGCUUCCGGUGAUUGAGGACAAAGGUCAGUUUGGCUACUACACCAUCGGAAACCUGCACUCUCCUCAUGCAAGGGACCUGCCAGAAGAAGUCAGGAAGUAUUACAACCCCAAAGAUCCGGACAGCAACAUGGACAGAGUUCUGGUGAAAUAUAGCACAAACAACAACCAAAUUUAUGAGAUCUACGCAUCUGCACACUAUAAAGCUAGAGAAACGUACAAAAUUGGUCCAAACCUUCUGGAUGCUCUUCGAGGGAGAGCAGGUGUUUAAUGUGGAAAUGUGACAUCAGGAUGUUUUGAUGCUGAAUGCAUUUCUACAGCAAUCCUAAAGAGCUUCGCGAAUUUGGGGAAAUUCUUGUUUCAACUAAACAAAUAUUUGUUUUGGAUAGGAAAAGUGUUGACUGUUUUCCUGCUUGGUCGAUAUGUGUAAACAACUGAUGAACAAUGAAUUAAUUAAUAAAACAACUAAUAAUAAAAUGAAUAAACU